AUGAAGGCGAAGCCCCGAUCGCUUCGAAGCAUUUGCUCGCUGCAGUACACUAUCCAUGCACAAUCCACAAGAAGCCGCCGCCGAGCUCCGCCGCUGCGUGCAGUAGCACGGCUUCCUCGGCGCCCUGGUCAACGAUACACAGCGCGCCGGCCCCCCGACGGCGACGACAUGAUCUUCUACGACCAGCCGGAAUGGGAUAGUUUCUGGCAGACUGGCUCCUGGGCCCGCCCGCUGAGCUUCGCGCACGGCGUCAGCCUGCAUGUGCUCGGCAUGGUGACCAACGGUGUGUUUGACCGGCACCCGGCGCUGCAGAUCAUCCUGGCCCAUCUGGGCGAGCACAUCCCCUUCGACAUGUGGCGGAUCAACUACUGGUUCGAGGACUGGAAGAAGCAGCUGGGUCUGGCGGCGACGUGCAAGAGGACGAUCCGCGAGUACUUUGCGCGGAAUCUGUGGAUCAACUACGUCCGGGCAUUUCUCAAUGACGACACUGAAUUUCUACAUGGCGGAGGUUGGAGCGGAUCGGAUCUUGUUCUCGAUCGACUAUCCGUUUGA